AUGGAAAAAAAUAAAUUUUAGAAAAUUUUUCAAUUGAUCUUCUCAUCCUUUUGGAUUAUGUUCAGAAAAAUUAUUUUUAAAAAGUUACCCUUACUAUUCUUUAUAGUUGCUUUUUGCUUUAUGUAGUUCUAUGCAAAUAUAAAGUCAGCAGAUUCUAAUAUUUUAAAUUUAAUGGAAAGAGUUCCAUAUGGAAUUAAUCAAAUGGUUAUAUAAUAUGAACGUUAAUUAAUUGAUUAAAAUAAUUUGAAAUACCAAAUGAUAUUAAAGGAAAAAAUAGUUAAAGUUUAAAGAAACUGUUAAUCAUUAUUUAAAUGUUUUCCAUCAGGAAUUUUAACACCACUUUCUUGGAUUAUAGGAGGAGUGGCUGUGAGACAUGAAUAUAUUCUAUUAGAAACAAUUAAUCAUUUAGCAACUAUAGAAUUGAAAUAGAAUAAAGGAGAUUAUUUUAUUGAUAUGCAGAUAUUUGACUAUAAUAAAAAUUUCGCUUAAUAUUUAAAUAAAGAAAGAGAAUGGAAUCGUUAAUUAGAUAGUUUAACAUCUGAAGAAAUUGGAGAUUUGAAUUUUUUUUAAGUUCAUAAAUUUUUGGGAAUUAUAUUAGUAUGUUGGAAAGGAAUAAAUAUGUUUAAAAAAGGAAAAUAUGAAGUCUUAUUUAAAAAUUGCAAAAAUCUAAGUAGAGCUUUAUGUUAUUUUUGUGCAAAAGAUUCAAAUAUUGAUUCCAUAAUGCAAAGUAUACUUGGAUUAUAUACUGAUUGGUUAUGUGAUUUUGUUUAACGAAAAGAAAUAUAAUGGAUUCUCGAUUAUUUUUAUGAUUAAACUAUUUCUUCAGUAUCUAAAAUAAGAACUAUAAUGAAUGAAAUCUAAAAACUAAGAUAAUAAGGAUUCAAAAUUGAGGAAGAACUAGAGGAAACACCUAAUUGGAAUAUAAUCUGA